CAAUGAAUUGCAACAAAGAUACUGGAUACUUCAUCUAAGGAGUUCUCUUCGUGCCAUUGUCCAUCGAUGUCCGAGAUGUAUUCUUCUGAAGUCUAAACCUUUAAAUCCGCCUAUGGGCGACCUACCAGCGGAGAGAUUAGCCCAUCAUCGUCGUCCAUUUACUUUCAUUGGAUUGGAUUAUAUGGGACCGAUGUUGGUGACAGUCGGAAGAAGAAAGGAGAAGAGAUACGUUGCCUUGUUCACCUGCUUAACGUCAAGGGCCAUUCAUUUAGAGGUCGCAGCUUCUCUAUCCACCGACAGCGCCCUUAUGUGUCUUAAGCGUUUUAUAAGCAGAAGAGGGACCCCAGAUAAGAUAUAUUCGGACAACGGAACGGCAUUCGUUGGCUCUAACAACAUACUAAAAGCGAUGAGCGAAGAAGGAGCUAAUACAGGGAUAACAUGGUCUUUUAUUCCACCUGCAGCUCCUCAUAUGGGAGGCGCCUGGGAGCGUCUAGUGCGGUCUGUAAAGACAGCGUUGAAAGUUAUUCUGCGUGAUCGUGCUCCCAGAGAUGAAGUGCUUCAUACAGCCUUAAUUGAAGUUGAAGCGUUAGUAAACAGCCGGCCUCUCACUCACGUUCCUUUAGAUCCCUCUUCACCCGCUCUCACACCAUUCCACUUCAUUUUAGGUGAAUCAUCUCCAUAUCACCCGGUUCCGGUUAUUUUGGAUGAGAGUGAUUUUCUCGGAAGAAGUGAUUGGCGGAAGGCUCAAUGUUUAGCCGACAUGUUUUGGUCUCGCUGGGUUAAGGAGUAUUUACCAACACUGAUUCCGAGAAGAUCCCCUGGCCAAAACCGCGAACAAACAGUGACCGUAGGAGAUAUGGUCCUUAUUGUGGACCCUUCGCUACCACGAGGUACGUGGCCUUUAGGUCGGAUAGCCACCGUAUUUCCGGGCCGUGAUGGUAUAGUUAGGGUAGCGGAGGUAAGCACCUCUGGAGGCAUACUCCGACGGCCACUGAAAAGGCUGGUCAAGUUGCCAGUAGAUUUUCAGUAG